AUGUUUAAAAAGGAGAAUAGUGGGGGUUUUGAUGGCAGCAGCAACAACUGGGCAAGGAUGUGUGACAGUUGCCAUUCUGCUGCAUCUACUGUUUACUGUUGGGCAGAUUCCGCCUAUUUGUGUACGGGCUGUGACGCCGGCAUACAUGCAGCAAGUCUGGUGGCUUCUCGUCACAAGCGUGUCUGGGUUUGUGAGGCCUUGGAGCAUGCUCCUGCAGCCUUUCUUUGCAAGGCAGAUGCUGCCUCAUUUUGUGCCUCCUGUGACGCUGACAUCCAGUCCGCCAACCCCUUGGCGCAUCUUCAUCACUGUGUCCCAAUUAUGCCCAUUCCAGGAACACUUUCUGGUCCUCCAGCUGUUGACACCGUUGGCGGUGGUUCUAUGAUGAUUGGGGGGACCACAGGGGAAUGCACGGAGGAUGAUGGUUUCUUGAGUUUGACUCAAGAUGCAGAUGAUACAAUGAUAGAUGAAGAAGAUGAAGAUGAAGCACCUUCAUGGUUGUUGCUUAAUCUUCCUGUUAAGAACAACAACAAGAACAAUGUUAGCAAUACCAACAACAAUCAAAAUAACAACUAUGGGAUGUUGUUUGGUGGGGAAGUAGUCGAUGACUACUUAGAUCUUGCGGAAUAUGGAGGGGACUGUCAAUUUAAUGAUCAGUACAGUGUUAAUCAGCAGCAACAACAUUACUCUGCUCCUCCGAAGAGUUAUGGUGGAGAUAGCGUUGUGCCAGUUCAGGACGGACAGCGAAAAUCUCUGAUUCUUUAUCACCAACAGCAACAACAACAACAACAACAAAGUCAUCACCUGAAUUUUCAGCUGGGAACAGAGUAUGACAGAUUUAACACUGGAUAUGGUUAUCCUGCUUCUUUGAGUCACAGUGUUUCCAAUUCGUCAGUAGAUGUCAGUGUUGUCCCAGAAUCUGCACUAAGUGAAACUUCAAACUCCCACCCACGAGUUCCAAAAAAGACCAUUGACCAUUACUCAGGCCCUCCAAUUCAGAUACCUCCCCAGCUUACUCCAAUGGACAGAGAAGCCAGAGUCAUAAGGUACAGAGAGAAGAAAAAGAACCGUAAAUUCGAGAAAACCAUAAGAUAUGCUUCAAGAAAAGCUUAUGCAGAAACAAGACCAAGAAUCAAAGGUCGAUUCGCAAAGAGAACAGACGUAGAGGCUGAAGUAGACCAGAUGUUCUCCACACAAUUAAUGACAGACAGCAGUUAUAGAAUCGUCCCUUCAUUCUGAAUGCAACAAAGAGAAGAUAACACAAGUCCCUAAACCUAGUAUUGCUAUUGUGUCUCUUACAUCAUUAUUGAUCCAAGUAGCUAUUGAAUAAUCAGAACAGUAAUAAAGUAGUUUUCCAAAGAGAAUUUAUUAACGUCUCUAUUGUUGUAUAUGCAAAAGAAAGUUCUUCCUUGU